AUGCACACCCGCUCGCGAUCCUUGUUUUUCCUCUCCUGUUCUGAUCCAAAAAACCCUAGCCUCAUCACCGUCCUGGUGCUCGCCUUCGACAUGGUGUUCCCCCCCAAGGCCACGACUGACAACGUCGUGCUGCAGCGGUUCGCGCUGGCGCCCGCCGACCCGGCGUCUAACUCCACAAUCUCCUUCAACGUCACCGCCACGGUGUCGCUCCGGAACCCCAACAUGUACCGGUUCAUCGAGUAUGGCGCGCUCGCCGUGACCUUCUCCUUCAACGGCACCUGCUUCGACGACUCUGCGUCCGUGUCGGGGUUCAAGCACAAGGCGCGGAAGACGGCGACACAGAGCGUGAGAGUCGGCGGCGUGGGCAAGCCCAUCAAGCUGACCAGGCCCGGUGUGGGUGAGUUCCGGGUGGAGAACGACAUGGGCAGCUUCGGUGUGGAGAUGUGGCUGGACACGGUGCUCCAGUACAAGGGUCGGUCCCACCCCACCUUCACGCCUCCUCGUAUCGUCGCAACCGCAGAUCUGGCCAACGGCCCCCGACCGAUCGACCCCCUCCCCCUCGGUGCGGCGAGGUGCAGGUGA